AUAUAAAUAUCUAUAUAAUAUAUAUAUAAAUAUCUAUAUAAAUAUCUAUCUAUAUCUAUAUAAAAAUCUAUGGUGUUUUUCGAAUCCUAAGAUCGGAAGAUUUAGUUUAAUCACAUAUGUAUGUACUUUCCCUUUACACAGUUUUAUAAGUUGGCCUAAAGUUUUUGUACAAAAGCAAACAAAAUUUAUAUUUAUAAAUGAACUGCUCUGCAUCUUGUAAUGCCCUCUGUGGCGUGGGAACGCCGCGUCCGAACUUGCAGCGGUUAGUUCCCUAUGUCGAGCCGCAAGAGGACGACGAGGAGGAUAUGGUAGUGUGGUGCCGGGCAAAUCUGGAUUUCGCCUGCUCGCUCAGCGAGAUGCGCAUACGCUGUGGAGAGGCCGCCACUUAUCACCGAACACUGGGGAAUGUGGACCUGGCGCCUCACCCGUUGCUUGGCCGGCGAGACAAGCUCAUGGACAUUUGCCAGAAGGUCUGCUCAGCGUCAGAAGGGAAACCCAUCCCCGCUGACCUGGAGGUCGCCUGGCAGAGUCAUAGCAGCAUUGACUGCCUUGAUCUCCGCAAAGUGCGUGCUGAGAUGAAUUUGGCUGAUCAGAAGGCGGCCAAAAAUCUUGUGGAUCGCGUUGAGGUGCACCACAAGCCUUUGCAGACGGAGGAGGCGGAGCGAAUGAAAUUGACUAUUGUCAAAGCAAACUCCGCAAGAAACUUGACUAUUGAAAAGAAAACCUUAGCGGGGAAAUGUACUAUUGACAAGGCAACCUCCGCGAGGAACUUGACCAUUGACAAGGCAACCUCCGCGAGGAAAUUGACCUUUGACAAGGAAAACUCCGCGAAGAUCUUGAUCAUUGACAAGGCAACCUCCGCGAGGAAUUUGAGCUUUGACAAGGCAAACUCCGCGAGGAACUUGACCAUUGACAAGGCAACCUCCGCAAGGAAAUUGACUAUUGACAAGGCAACCUCCGCCAGGAAAUUGACUAAUGACAAUGCAACCUCCGCGAGGCGUUUCUAUAUCCCAAAAAGGUAUGUCAGCGGGUAUAUUUCCAAAAGAAAAUCGGUCGGGAAAACGGAGUCCUUGUCGCGCGGUGCAUACAUGCCCGAUCUUGAGCUCAACCGCGCGAUAGGUCUGUCUGCAAGUCAACCAUUCAGAGGACAGCAUUGCCUUGUGUUGGAGAAGCUUCCCGACAUCAAGAUGGAGGAGGACAGAACCCAGAUCCCGAACUCCAGAAUCAGCGCCAGUGGCCGCAAGUAUGACGGCUCUUUAAUACCCACUUGGAGAAGUGCUGGAACUGGUGCGGAUCAGAAUUCGGAGACAAAAAGUUCCGACACCUUCAAUUCCUCCAAUUCCUUUGAGAGAUCCAGUCUGGUCAGCGAUUCCCAAGAAAAGGACAGAACUCAGAUGCCGAACUUCAGAACCAGCACCAGUGGCCGCAAGUCCGACGGCACAUCAACACCCAGUUGGAGAAUUGCUAGAACUGGUGCGAAUCAGAAUACGGAGGCAGAGAGUUCCGACUCCUUCGAUUCCUCCAAUUCCUUUGAGAGCUCCAGUCUGGUCAGCGAUUCCCAAGAAAACCACGAGCUUUCCACGGCGGCAGGUCUGACGGCGGCCUUCAUCCGGCGACAUAUGCUGUUCCACCUCCUGGCCAGUAGGUUCGGAAGACGGUAUCUGCGCUAGCUACGUCGUAGCUGGGGUCGUAUGUGCUGCCACCUGCGACAACAAAUUCUGUAAAUUGUAUAGUGUAUAUGUAUGUAUGAUAGUAGCCAAACCGCGAAGAAUUCCUGCGAUUUUCCAUAAAGUUCAAAGCAGUAUUUAAA